CUCAGGCCGUCAGUGGGCGUUCCUCCUCCGCUGGCUCUUGAUGCUGAGAAGGUUUUCUGCUUCUCGACCAGCUCUCCAGAUGUUUCUCCCUACACUCGUAGAGGACAUGCAUCAUUUCAAGCCGAGUCGAGACAGACUGUACACCACCCGGUGUUGUGGAUGCUGCCAUGUUCGAACCGGGACUAUUAUCCUGGGAACAUGGUACAUGGUGGUCAACCUGCUGAUGGGCAUCCUGCUGACUGUGGCUGUGACGCACCCAGAGAAUGUACCUACUAUUGACCUGCAGUAUGAGGUCAUUGACCAUUACUUUGCCUCCGACAGGAUGUCUGAAAACGCCUGCGUUGGAUUUGCCAUCUCUCUGCUGAUGCUCACCAUCAGUGCUAUGAUGGUGUACGGAGCCAUUACUCAUCGCGACGGAUGGCUCAUCCCGUUCUUCUGCUACCAGCUGUUUGACUUCGCUCUGAGCUGCCUGGUGGCCAUCAGUUCUCUCACCUACCUGCCCAGGAUCAGGGACUACUUGGAUCAGCUGCCAGAUUUCCCGUACAAGGAUUACCUCCUUUCUCUGAACUCCAGCUGCCUGCUGCUUUUUGUGCUGGUCUUCUUCGCCUUCCUCAUCAUCCUUAAGGCUUACUUGAUCAACUGUGUGUGGAACUGCUACAAGUACAUUAACAACAGGAACAUGCCAGAGCUCGCCGUGUACCCUGCUUUUGAGACUCCUCCCCAGUACAUCCUUCCCACCUAUGAGAUGGCAAUGAAGAUGCCAGAGAAGGACCCCCCUCCCCCCUACAUGCCAGCCUAAUCAUCAGCCAUGUUGCCAAAAUGCACACCCAGCCAUCAUAUGCAUUCCUACAUACCCCCUCAGCCCAUUCUGAACACCAUUAUGCCCUUACCCCCGUCUGAACGGCCUCGAAAGAUGUUUGUUUUGUUCCCUCCACUGUCGUUCUCUCUCUCUCUCUUAAGAGCAUCCUGGCGAUGUGAAAGGAAAAAGGUGGGAAGCUAAAGUUUGUGUGAAAAUGACGAAUGAAUGAAAACAGUGAAAUUAAAGAAAUCCUUUUGUUUCCACUCUACGCCCUCAACCUUUUUUAACUCUUAGUAAAGGGAUCAGUGGAAAUUAUGCUAAAUUUCUCAUCAAUCCAGCAGCAUCCUGUUAAUGGAUCAAUAUAUGAAGUGUCAAAAAGAUUUUUAAAAAAACAUGACCAUCUGCUUAUUAGAGUCCUUAUUGUUGAAUUGUGUUACGGUUUUCCUGUGUUUGUUGAGACCUUGGCUGCUCCACCAGUCUUGAAUAGUCUUUAGCACCUUUUUGUUUUAUUUAUUUAGCUUUGCUGUAGUCCGGUUCACCACCCCAGCAGACAUCGCUUUGCUUCCAUGAUGUUUGAGCAAAGCUGCAGAAUAGUUUUCCAGCUGGGACCGAGAGGAGAGAGCACCGACGAUGGCGGCUCGUUCUCUCCGUCUCUUCUCUCACCUCUGGAGCAAAACCACUCGUCUUGUGAACAUUAGUUGUUGCAUGUUUAUCAACGCAUACUUCAUUACUUUACUUGUAAAAUGGUUUUAUCCCAGUGGAAAUUCAAUUAACUUCAAUAAACGUCUAAAAAAAAAAAAAAA